UAUAAGCCAAGAAAAGUUAUGUUAAACAUAAAGGUUAAGAAUCUUUCUCUUUAUACCUUUAUAUAUAAAUCACUUAAGCACAGAUUUAUCAUUUACCAACUCUAAUAAACCUUUCCCAAAUUUUCCUUGUUUUGCACAGAAAGAGAGCUUACAAUCAGACUUAACAUUCAAAUUCAGAAAUUGGGGUUUUUUUUUUUUUUUUUGAUGGAAAGUUCAUCAUCAAGAGCUGAAGUAAUAAAGCCAAUGCUUCUUAAAGCUGGCAUUCCCUUGGCACUCUCUGUUGCAGGUUUUAUCUAUGCCAGGAUCAUUGCCAAAAGAAGAAUAAACCUACAAGUUUCUUCAAUGGAAACCCAGGUAAGUCCCCUGGAAACUGAUCCUCAACAGUUUAGAUCAAGUGAAGCUAUACUUUAUCCUACAUCUUCUACAAGUGGAGAUGAUGGAGAAAAUAUUUGUACAAGUACUGACUUUACAAGCAUGAUUACAAGUUCUGAAAUUCAGAACAGAAUUGCUUAUGAAGAAGAGAUUUUAGGCCUAAGAUCCCGAGUCGAAGAGCUUCAAAAGAGAGAAUGGGAAUUAGAAAGGAAGUUUCUUCGUUUCGUUGAUCUUAAAGAACAAGAAUCUGUGCUUAUGGAGCUUAGGAACAUGUUGUUGAUGGAGAGUUUGUGUGUUGAGUUCAUGGAUCGAGAAAUUUCAUCCAUGGAGGCCGAGAACAAAAGGGUCGAAAACAUAGUUAUGGAAUUUGUAGGAGUUGUGGAGCAGAUUGAGCAUUGGAAAUCACAGAAUGGGUUGCUUGAGAGAAAAGUAAAGAGGCUUUUGAGAAAAACAAAAGGCCUAGAAAAACUCAUAGGAGAAAAAGAUUUGAAGAUUCAAGCUAAAGAUGCAGAAAUUAGAAGAAAUGGUGAAGAGCUACAAGGAAGAAGCAAUGUUAUCAAGAAACUAGACGAUGAAAUGAGGGACCUCAAAUGCUUGACUCUUCAAUUGCAGGAUCAGAAAGAUAAGCUUUCAAAGAAGUUGGAAUUAGCAGAGGUUUCAGAUUCAUCAAUCUCAAAGAGUGCAGAAGAGGGGAUAACCAGGGAGGAAUACACGCAACUUGCCAAUGAAUAUGAACAAGUUCAAAAGGAAAGAAGUGAUGAAUUAACGGAGCUUACGUACUUAAGAUGGUGCAAUGCAUGCUUGAGAUACGAGCUGAAGCGAUAUCAACUGCUGCAAGAGUAUAUCCAAGGGAGCAAGGAUCAGCUGGAACAAGACUUUGAAGAAGGUGGAGAAAGUGUAGGAUUUAGAAUAGAAGAGCAGCUAGGCAGUCCAAAAAUGGUGGAGCCUCGCUUUGGUGUUGCAAAAGGUGGCGAAGUUAGCUCCAAAAGACAGAAAUUGCUUAAAAAAUUCAAGAAAUUGGUGGAUGGAAAAGGCAAGCAUGAAAGGAAGUGCUUUGGCAGACAUUCAGUUUGUGAUGAAAUGCAAGAUCAGGAACAUGUCGUUCAUGCAAGGAAUUCGUGUUCUAGUAUUUAACAAUUUGUGAAUAAUGCUAACUAGGAGACUUAUAAAAUCCAUGCCAAUGAGAAACCUGCAGUUAGAAGUAAAAACAACAGGAGCAGCUUGGGGAAAAUAUGUAGAAUAAAUGGUAAUGACAUAGUUUAAAAGUAACCUCCCAUAAGUGUUUCUUUUAAAAGUUCAUUGAUAGACUCAGAUCCAAAUGGCUAAAAUUGGAUCAUAUAUGUAGCCCAUAUUUGGGUUAAAUCUAAGGGGCUUUAUCGAAUAAAAAAGCAAUAUUUUAUGAA